AUGAAUCCGAGUAAUCGUCGACAGACGUGGACUCGUGAGGAGGUGCAGUGCCUCAUAGAGAUUUGGUCGGACGACUAUAUAAACUCACAACUUUUGACAACACACAAAAACACCAAAAUCCAGUCACUCUUUAGCAAACGGCUUGGGGAAAGGGGGUAUCGGAGGUCUGCUGCACAGUGUUGCAUCAAAGCAAAAAUACUUCGUAAGGAGUACAUUAAAGCUAAAUCAUGCCCAUCUGAUUAUGAUUUUCGUACACACAUGGCUGACAGUAGAAGGAUGCUGGAGAAUAUACACAGCGCUGAACAGAGCCAGAUGACUGAAGAGGCUGCUGCUUUUGAGAGGAUACUUCGGGCACAACAGGAGGCUGAGAAGAGAAGAUUUCAUCCUAUGCAGGCACAGCAACAGGCCACCAACCAGAUGUUUCUGCAAAUAAUGGGCACUCUUGCAAAGGCGCUGAUAGCACCAUGCUCCACACUCGACCCGCUGCCAGAUGAUUGUAUCUCUCCGAUGUGGUACUUGGCUCCAGAUUCAACCCCACCCAGCCCUCUGCACCCCUACUGCCAGCAGCCGCUCUCCGCCCUCUGGCGAGCCAGCGCUCCGGUCCUCCGGUGUCAGUGGUCCGCCGCUCCCAAGCGUCCGCCGCCACACUCCUCCACGGAGAUUUCACCGGAAGCACCAGCCACCCUCUCCGUCUCUCCCUGCCAAUUCAACAAAGACUCUUGCAAAAACAAGAUCAACACCUAUAUCUGCAUUUGUGUCCUCUUUUAA